CGGACAUUGAGUGUUGUAGAGACCGAGAGUUGAUGAAAUAACAAAGGGCAUGAACGAGAUUUGAUAUUCAGGCCUGCCGUUCUUGCAGAAAAAAGGAAAAAGCAAUCAUGUCCGGUGAUGAUAUUCUUUCCUUCCAUGACUUGGAACCUCUACCACAAAAUGACAUCGGAAACUCCCCUCGUUCGGGAACGAGGCGCGUAAUGCCCGGAUUUUUUCAAAAAGUGAGAACGCAGCGAGUUUUCGUGUGGGCUCUCGUUCCGGAACGAGAAACGAAGUGAGAACUCACUGAAUUGCCACUCCAGGACUUUUUAAAAAGUGAGAACGCAGUGAAUUCUUGCGCGGCUUCUCGUUCCGGAGCGAGAAAUGGAGUGAGAAUUUUCUGAAUUCUCACUCCAGGACUUUUCAAAAAGUGAGAACUCAAUGAGUUCUCACUUGGUUUUCGUUUCGGAACGAGAAAUGGAGUGAGUAGAAUUUAGUGAAUUCUCAAUCCCGGAAAAUUCGGGAUCCCAAAGUGGGACUUUUCAAAAAGUGAAUAUUCACUGAAUUUUCACUCGAUUUCUCGUUCCGGAACGAGAAGCCGAGUAAAAAUUCAGUGAGUAUUCACUUCUUGAAAAAAAUCACUUUUGGAGCAUGCAUGUUUCUGGAGAGAGGCUUCGGCUCCCGGAGUGAAAAUUUUCCGAAAGUGAAUAUUCACUGAAUUUUCACUCGGUUUCUCGUUCCGGAACGAGAAGCCGAGUGAAAAUUCAGUGAGUAUUCACUUUUUGAAAAAAAUAACUUUUGGAGCAUGCAUGUUUCUGGAGAGAGGCUUCGGCUCCCGGAGUUAAAAUUUUCCGAAAGUGAAUACUCACUGAAUUUUCACUCGAUUUCUCGUUCCGGAACGAGAAGCCGAGUGAAAAUUCAGUGAAUUUUCACUUUUUCUUUUUGAAAAAAAUCACUUUUGGAUCACGAAUUUUCCGGGAGAGAGACUUGAGCUCCCAGAGUGAAAAUUUUCAAAAAGUGAAAAUUCAGUGAAUUUUCACUCGAUUCCUCGUUCCAGAACGAGGCCUCGUUCCGGAACGAGGCCUCGUUCCGGAACGAGAAAUCGAGUGAAAAUUCAGUGAAUUUUCACUUUUUGAAAAUUUUCACUCCGGAGGCGAAGUUUUCCCGGAGCGCGAAUUCGGGAAGCAGGAUUUUUCCAAAAGUGAAAAUUCACUGAAUUUUCACUCGAUUUCUCGUUCCGGAACGAGAAACCGAGUGAAAAUUCAGUGAAUAUUCACUCCUGGAACAAUCUCACUCCGCUAUUUCGAAAAGUGAAUUACUAGGCUUCUGGUUCUUCCGGAGCAAGGGCUCGCUGAAUUACCACCCCAGAGAAAAGCUAUCUCAUCCCGGAAUCAUUCUAGAAGUGGGAUUUUCGUAGAGUGGCAAUUCAGUGAGUUAUGACUACAUGAACAAAAAAAAACCGCAAGCGCUGACCUUUUACAGCACACAUGGCAGAAAUAGGGCGAGGGCUACCGAUUCAAAUUGCAGGACGUUCCGUAAGCGUGUUGCUCUGUCGCUAGUAGCGUUUGCUGCAUGGCGCGAAAAAUUUUUUGCGAGCCUUCUAAUUGCAGCGCGCUAUUGCCCGCGCCACAUCGCCGAUAGGAACGCCCUGCGACACUGCCUGCAAGGUGCCUGUGAUGUCGUUCGUAAGCCACGCCCGAUUUUUGUGGUUCGCAACGUCCGAUUUUUGUGGUUCGCAACGUCGCCCGAUGUUUUGGCUUCAGUAUGUUUAAAACGCUCGAAGUUGUAGCAUUUGGGCUCUCGUUCCCCAACGAGGGGAGUUUCCGACGCAAAGGGGGGGGAUUUUCCAAGUCAUGAUUCUUUCUGGCUUAACAAAUCGCUAUUUUACUACGUAAACUUCUGUGUCAACAUAUGGUUUGAACCCAUAUCGUGCCUUACCAGCCUUUUUACAUCGACGAUCCAUCCGUCUGACCCUGAGACAAAUACGAGUUGUUGAAGAAGAAUGUCAUCGCCGUCGCGCGCGACCACAGCAGCGGCUUCCGGUAGCCGUCAGACUCGAGCGGGAUCCGAGACGAGCACCGGCGCGCUGGGACCCGCACAGAAGACCCAAAGUUCUCAGUUUGUUUUGGCGGACCUGCUGCACUAUGAAAUGCAAAAGCAUCGUACUAGUAGAAAUCGCAUUACAGAUUUUCUGAGCAUUAGAAAUGGAAUUUGUAAUGCGGAUUUGCCUAAAUAAAAAGGAGAGUUGUAACGCAUGGCUGCAAUUGGUACGAGUGCGAUACUUUUGCACAGGAUAUGCAAUGCGACUUACUUCGGCCUGCGGACGAGCAUGGGGAAACCGGAGAGGGCACGCUGGUUGCACUGGUACUGCACCUAUGCAAUACAAAAGUACAACAACGUAUUAUGGAAAAUGCAUGCCAAAUUUGAUUCCCAGCAUGAGAAAUGGAAUUUCUAAUGCCGGUUCGCCUUGAGAAGGAGACUUGUAAUGCAUAUUUGCAAUUGCUACGAUGGCCGCGAUUAUAAUACUUUUGCAAUGCAUAGCUCCCGAUGUACUACCUGGGCGGAGACAAGAAUAACUACGUGGUGACCUGGUUGCAGCACUAUCUGGCGUCGCAGCACCGACUUCCGGCCGUGCGGUACGACACGGCGCACCCCAGCCUUCGGGGGUACGGCGAAACCGAGGACGCCUGUAAAGCUGUGGAGGCGCUCACCCGGGGCGACUGUGCGAAACACCUGCCGAAGUGCCGUCGGGUCCUCGUGGUGGGGUACUCCGCCGGUGCCAACGCGGCCAUUGCGGUUGGGAACCGGUUUGCGACGGACGAGCGCGUCGCGGGCAUUUAUCAAAAGGAAAAAUCCCCCCUCCCCAUAUCGAAAACGAAAUUUGUGAUGCUGUAUUUGAGGUCACAAAUCGACUUGUCAUGCUAGAAGGCCAAGAGCCGCAGUCGUGGCCUCGUUUGCAGGCAAUUUGUCAUGCUGUUUUCCACUCUUAGCUGCCUCCUAUCAUGCUGAAGAUGCAAGGCUUCCCCACGCCACCCAGUACUACAGUGCGCAUCUUGUCCCGUGUAGCAUGACAAAGCUGAUUUGUGACAACAAAUCUGCAUCACAGAUUUCCGUUUUGAUAUGGGGAGGGGGGAUUUUUCCUUUUGAUAGCAUUGUCGCGUUAUCUCCACCCUUUGGCUUUUUGGGGAACCUGUUUCUCGGCGGCCUGAUUCAGUUAUCAAAUGCAAAAAUGUCUGGGUCUGGAAGGUUGCAACUUGUGAUGCUGUCUUUGGAAGGCAAAAUAAAAAAUCUGUAUUGCAUGACCAGCAAGAGGAGUUCAGUUUGUGCUGCGCGGAGUGGGCGUUUCUCAUGCGGAAUACGCAUCAGAAGGCCCUUUAGAAAUCUCUGAAGAUGCUAGGUCAUGCAUCACAGGCGUCAUGGGUUAUGCAAAAUAUGCAUGACAAACCUGGCACUCUUCCAGACCCAGACACUUGUGCUCUUGAUAUCAGUCGCCGUCGCCCAAUAAGCGACCCCAGCUGUACAUCAACGGGACGAACGACGUAUCCUGUGCAAAAGUAUCGUACUCGUAUAAAUGCAGGUCUUGCAUCACAAAUAUUUUUCGUAAGGUAAAUCAGCAUGACAAAUUUUAUUUCUCGUGCUGAGAAAAUUUGUCAUGCAUUUAUACGAGUACGAUACUUUUGCAGUUCAUACGACGGCUACUGUUCUGUGUCGGCCUUCAAGCAGCAAUUGCAGCAAUUGUUCCCCGGCGGUGACCCCGUCGCCGCGCUGGAGAGCCCCUCAGCAGAGGAGAACCGUUGCACGCGGGCCGAAGGGCAACACGCCGUCGCGGUUCUGGUGCCGAACGGUACGCACUUCUGGGCGCCGCGGGAGUUUCGCGCCGUGUGCCUUUACUAUGACCUGCUCAAGCGUUACAAUCUCGAACGUUACAAUAGAGUCUGGAAAUAUGUGAUGCAAGAAAUGCAUGAUCAUGAUCUAGCCAACUCUCAUAGGACUGCGCAUGACAAGUUCCGGAGUCCCAAACCACACUACAAACUGGCGAAAUUUGUAUUGCAGAAAGUGUAACGGUCUACGAGUCUGUAAUGCUCAUGAUGCCAGACGAAUCCCAGACUCUAUUGUAACGUUUGAGAUUGUAACACCUGAGAUGGUUAUAUUUACCUGGACUACUUUCUGCGGGAGAGAAUCACGCUCGAGCCCACCACGGUAGAGGCGGAUUGAGGUUGUGUUGUAUUCACCUCACUAAAGCCUCCCUGGCUAAGACCAAAUCUACUGCCCAGAGCUACCUAGUAGCAGUCCGUUUGUGUAG